AUGGAAAUUGUUUAUGUCGGACACCGAAAUCCUAGUAAUCGUGCGCUUUUAAUAUCCAACAAAGAAUGGAAAAGAUUAGGAAAAAUUUUAACAAAAAAAAUGGACGAGGAGGAAUCGGUAGAGGCCAGCAAACGACUGAAAGAAAUGCGUCGAGAAACGUCAAAAAAAAUGGUAGAUGGUUGGGACAACACAGAACUGAACAAAACCAAAAAACUUUUGGAACAAAAACGAAAGGCACUUUCUGAAUUGGAAGUUAAACGGCAGCAGAGGGAUGAGGAGAUGAAGAGAGAAGCACUAGACGCUAGGAACAGGAUCAUCGAGAAAGCGUGCAAAUUAAAAUUUGAAGAAAGAGAUGCGACGAAAACAUUCUAUAGAGCUUUGCUACAUUCUGAAGUGUUUAAAGAGAGGGCUAUACAACUUAAGUUUAACGCGGCUGAGAGAGAGAAAAGGAUGCGUAAGGAUUUCGAGACGGCUCAAGAACAAAAUAAGGAAGCGGAACGGUACAGAAAACACCGAGCGGACGAAAAACAAAAAAGCAGUGAACUAAAAAAAUCAAAAGCCAAAAUUUUGUUAAAAGAGCUGAAGGAUCGUGGGGAUAAGAGAAACGAAGAACAGAUUGCGUCCCGGGAGUCUGGUAAGGUAGAAUUACAAAAAAUCGCCGAAGAAAUCGAGGAAGCUCGAGAAAAGGCCGCUGCCGAGGCACGGGUAGCGAAGGAAAAAUUGCAAAAGGAUAUAGCGGACAACCGCACAAUGAUAACCAAACAAGACGACGUCCGCGAGACGGUAGAAUGGGAAGAGGAAAUGGUCACUACCAUCAUGGCAGAGACAAAAAAGACUUUAGCUAGAGCGCGGAGACUAAAAGAAAUAGAAUUGGCAGAAGUUAAACAAUUGGCGCUAGAGGAGAUGAGGAUGAGAUCGGCAGCUUGGCCAACAAAGCAAAAUGGGUGGGCAGAAUCUGACGUGCAGGACGCCAUAGAAAUGCAGGAAAAACGGUAUCGAGAAGGUGAUCGCAAAAAGAGAGAGCUGGCCAAUAGGAGAAUAGAACAUGUAAAGAUCGGCAACCAACUAUGGGAAGAGGAGAUCUGUAGGCGACGAGAGCGAUUGGAACAGGACCUUCAAUCUGAGAUGAACAGACGCGAGCGCGAAAAAAAGUUGUUGACUGAGUAUGUAGACCUGCGUGGGCAAAUACAAAUGAAAAACGCUAAACAGUUUCGGGAACAGCUCGAUAAACAAUGUAAUGAUAAAAGGAUCACAUUAUUGGCCAAUAGACAGGCUGAUAUAGAUCGUCACAAAGCAUUUGAACGCCAAUGGCACAGAGAAGAUGAAGAAUUCCUCGAGUAUGCUAAAAAUGUGAUUGAGAAAAAGAAAUUAGUUGGCAAUCCAGUCAUGCCACUACUAAAAACAAUGAAAGAUUAUCUAGAAAAAAAUAACUUGUGCAUGGAUAAAGACAAUAAGAUAUCAAAAAAAACUCCAAAAGGUCCAAUCUAUACAUCAAGAAUCAUACACCAUAUUAAAUAAUGAAUAAAAAAAAAUAUGUAUUGAAAAAUACCAAUUGUAAAAAUAUAUA